UUACAUGUAGAUCAGGGUUAGCAGACAUUUCAGCCUUCCACCCCUGGUAAGAGCCACUGGUAUGAUACAUGGGAUGAAACCCUCAACUGAUACUGAUAGCUGCUUUAAUUCAGCAUUUAAUUUAAAUGCUUUCUGGGCACCCACUCUCCUCUCCGUUUCCUCUUUUUAUAUCUGGAGAAUACAUCUCUCUGUAAUGAUUUUUUUCCUCUUUCAUUCUGAACAGUUGCACUGAAGUGUGCCCUUUCUAUUUCCUCAUAGGUUUAAUGUUUUUUUAUAAUUAUGUUAGGUGGUAACUGAGAUAAGAAUAUGAAAUAUUCAUCAUGUUUUUCAAAUGUAAUUUAAAAUUAUACUUAAGGUGCAUGACUUGUUCAUUGAUGUGGAGAGAGUUAAGGGAAUCGGCGUCAGAGCAGUUUCACAAAGUUGUGUAGGAAAACCUGCUGCCAAAGCAGUUUGUCACUGUUUACCAGUGCACUGAGUGCCCUCCAUGUCACACCCAACUUCAUUACCAUCCUAAGUGGAUAGAAAAUGAAAAAUAGCCGUCAUACAUGGUCCCUUCACUAUUUCACAUCCUGGCGCAAAGGCCAGGGAGUGGACUCGACCCGUCCUGGCCGGUAACAGUACAGCGUUAGCUAAUAAAGAGCAUGCAGCCACAGUUCUCUGUAAGUCUGUCAUAAUCCACAUUUGAAAUAUGUUCAAACCGAGCGCGAGUUUCACGGCUGUCCGAGACAUUCUUUAUUGCCGCAUAAAAACUCGGAGGUGAUCUGUGGGAGCGUCAGUUGCGACGCGGGCUACACAAAGAGAAGCCGAGAGAGCAGCUGUUCCUCUGUAAACUGAAAAACAAACCCAGUACUUUACACAACAUGAGGGCCGCGUCUUACACCCAGAAGAGCCUGCAGGUCAGCGGCUCCGGCGGCAGAGUGAGGGUUCAGAGCCCGUCGCCUUCCCGCUGCCGUGGAUCCUCAUAUGACAGCCGGGGGCGCGCCGGUUAUCGCAGCACCGCCGUCGAGUUGGGCACAGAGAUACACCAGCAACAUGCCAACGAGAAGGAGGAGAUGCAGGAACUCAAUGUCAAGUUUGCAGGAUACAUCGAGAAGGUCCAGGCACUAGAGCAGAGAAACGCCGCUCUUCAUGCUGAGCUGGCUGCGCUGCAGAGCCGCUACAAGAGCGGCCCCGCAGGCAUCGGAGAAGAAUAUGAGCUCAGGUUUAAAGAGGUGCGGGAGCUGAUUGAGGCCCUGACUAAUGAGAAGGGAGCAGCUGAUAUCGAGCGAGGCUACAUUGAAGAAGAGGUUGAAGUGUGGAGACUAAAGCUGGAGGAGGAGAUGGCACUCAAAGAGGAGGCAGAGAUGAUACUGAGGGAGUUUCGCCAGGACGUCGACGGCGCCACGCUGCAGAAGGCCGAGCUGGAGAAGCGUAUAGAGCAACUUGUGGCCGAGAUAGAGUUCCUCAAGAAGCUGCACGAUGAAGAGGUGGCUGACCUCAUGAAGCAGAUCGAGGACUCAAAGAUUACCGCAGAGCUGGAUGGGGAUCGGCCUGACCUGGCUGCUUAUCUGCGCAACAUGCGCGCAGAGAUCGAAUCUGUCGCCGCCCGCAACGUCCAGGAAGCCGAGAAGUGGUACAAGAGCAAGUUCGACACCCUCAAGGAGCACGCCGGCAAAAAUGAGGAGCAAAUGAAGACCAUGAAAGACGAGAUUACGACCUUCCACACCCAAGUGACAGAGCUGCAGAACCAGAUCGACGGGAUGCGGGCUCGCAACUCAGCCAUGGAGCAGCAGCUGGAGGACAUGGAGAUGUCCCACAUGGAUAAAGUGGGGAGCCUCGAGGGUGUCAUCGCUCAGUUGGAGAUCCAGCUCUGCGAAACCAAACUGGAGAUGACCAAGUAUCUCCAAGACUACCAGGAACUGCUGCACAUUAAGCUCAAGCUGGACGCAGAGAUCGCCACCUACAGGAAGCUGCUGGAAGGGGAGGAGUCUAGGCUUGGAAUUGCCAAAGAUGCCUAAAUAUCCGGGAUGAGAGGAGUCCAAAGCAGCCACAGAGAAGACCAGCAGAGCAUCGUGGAACGGAGAGAUCAGCUCAUACUUGUUAAAAAGAUUCUUCCCCUAUCUCACCCAUUCGUCCCCUACUUUACCCUCCACACGCCAAGGACUGAGUAUUGUUUGAAAUGUUUCGAUAUCAAUGCCGAUUUGGCACCUGAGUUUCAGUGCAGAUGCCAAAAUAAUCUUAAAAUCGGCGUUUGUGAAAUGUGUUUUUUCAACAAAAACAUUUUUUUUAUAUCAUAUGAUAUCAAAUGUAAAAUGUUGUCAAAACACAUGUUCUUUGGAAAGAACUUUUAUUCUAAAAUUGCCAAAAUUUUGAUUCAGUAAAUUGAGGGAAAACGCAUACCUACUCUAGUGAGCUGCUUGCUUGCAGGCAAACAUCCCCCUCAAAGAAAGACUUUCCCAGAGUUUUGAUUCAAAUCAGGAAGUUAAAAGAUAAAAAAAAUAAGUAAAUAAGAUCACAAAUCAGACCAAACGAGCUACAGACACUCAGUCACUACGGUACGCAGCCCUUCUUACCCUAUUGCCACACCCUGACCCCGUUAUCUUUACGUCUUUGCUUACAAUGUCUGCUUGCCUCCCAUUUCCUCCCAGUCCUUCAUACUUUAAAUUUUACAUAAUUUUCUCAAAACAACCCUCCAGUCCUUCUCCUUUCCUAACCAGCUCUACCCCGACGCCUCCAGUACCCCCCUGGUUCACGUUUUUCGGCCCUCAGGUCUCCUUAGUUAUUCCCUUUUCCUACAACACCCUUGCUGAAUUCACCUUCCCUUUUUUCCUGCCAAAUCAACCCCACUGUUAAACCUCUCUCACCGUUUCUGUCACUUCCCUUUGCUACAUCUGCUCACUUUCCUCCUUGAUCCAACUUUAGGUUCCCACCUCCUUUACAAAAAAACACUUUUGUCCUCAACAGAUAUGAUUAGUGUUUUGCCUGGUCUUUACAGAAUCCACUGGUUAGUCCAAAUGUUUUGACAAGACACAACUAUUGACCAUUUACACUAAUGUUGACCAACUUUUACUUAAUAAAGAUUGAAGUGAGUGCAUACAAAA